CCUUUCCUCUUCUCAAGUGAAGUUGAAGGAUGGAGACAAAAGCUUGUAAUUCAACUGUUGGCAUACCCGUUGUUUUGGUCAUCCUCCCUGAACAGGUAGUCAAAGUAGAAGUGACUGUCCUCCUCCAAACUUCUACAAAGCCAAAGAGAACGGUUGUACGAUGGUUAAUUUGAAAAGGAUCUUUGUAGUGAAGUGCAGCAGAAUGGUUCAAUUUUGUUUAAAAAAAAAAAGAACAGCAGUUUGAAGACUUAAUGCCAGCUGCAAUUUGUCUCUGUCAUUUUAUGCCCUACUACGUAAAUGAUGAUGAAUCUCAUUUUGUGCCGAGGAAUCCCAGAGCGGUGAAUAAGGGCCGGUGUGGUUUGUACUGUGCAAAGAGCUGAUUUGAUAUUGAAUUGUUAAAGGGAAUGAGGGGAGAGUGUUUUCAAUCUACACUCAAAUGCCGAGUGAGAAAACUAAACGAAACUCAUUUCAACCCUCUGGCCUCUUUAUGAUUGGCUUUGGAAAAUGAAGCUUGAUCCUGUAAUAGAUGCUCGGGAGCGCAGCGCCCUCAGCCUCACAGCGCCCUCUUCCUCCAACGGCCAACGUGAUGAUUUGAUGAAUCAUACUUUUCAAGGUGCUUGACGAUGUCCAUAUUUUCUGUUUGUGUCUCUGUGUGGUUCAGUCUCAGAACCCAAACAUUAUCAUGUGGUAUCAGUGUUGAAUCAAGAAACGGUCUUAUACAGCCUCUGUCUUUGAAUGUGGCAGAGCGGAGGUGCAUGUAUGUGUAAUAUGGUCUCAACGUUUGGAUCACUUUUGGUUACAUCAUAAGGCAGGGAUAACCAUUCACAUUUUUAUUUCAGCAGAGCCAUAGGUCGGUCUAGUAAAAAAGAAAAAAAGGUUAUUUACAGAUAUCUUUUCCAAAUGUAUUUUUUACUCUCCCGUGAUAUUGAUAACUUAUGCUUAUUUUCUAUAAUCGCAUGUUUUGCCACACUAAUACAGCACUGUUGUAGAUAGAGGACAUGGUGGUUGAUGGCGCCCAGUGUCACCUACAGCUAGAGAGCAAGAAGUCUUGCAACUAAUGUUGUAUGUUUAUAUCGCCUAAAUGUCACUGUUUACAUCGCUCUGGGAUAAUGCCCGAUUCAUGUUAAGUGAUGUCAUGAAUUCUCCAUUGUCUCACUAUGUAACGCAUUAAAGAACUGAAGCCUUCUCACACAGGAGCUGGCUGGGUAGAGCCUGAAAACAAAAGCCCUUCUACCCACCAAUCCAAGGGCGCCAUAUGAGUCUCGGUAGAUUUUUAAAGUGAUAACCGUAUGGGGCACAUAACGCCUGCUUUUCUGGUCAUGCAGUGACGAGAGAGAAUGAGCUUUCUUGACCUUGUGACUGAGCUGUUCGCUGUCAUGUCCUCUUUAAACUGUUCAUGUGGUGCCUGAAAUGCAGAGCUCCAGUAUCCUCGACAAGUUGAUAAAACGGUCUUGAGCAGUAGUCUAGUCAUGAAUUUCUUCAGAGCAGGCUCUCGGAUAGAUCUGACUUACUAAAAGCAUCGCACUCAUGCCCAAAGAGGACUGCAGCGGGUUUGCAACGCUGACAACUUUAAGAUCUUAUUUUUUAACUCUUCACUAUACUGCAUAGCAACUGUGUUAACAAGUCGCUCAGAUCAUCCUUAUCAUGGCCUCUGAAGCCUUGGGCAGUCUACACAUUACAGAAAAUAGACAGAGGUACCAUGGGGCAGAGUUCUGCUGGUGUCUGUGCAUAAUGAAGAUGCAGCAGGGGAUGACGAUGCUUAUCUGAGCCACCAACGAUGUGAUUAUGAGUAAACUGAACACUAAUAACAGGCCAAGGAAUAAUGUUUACUCCAUGUUUACAUUCCAAUGGGUUGUGAGAUGAGUUGUGGGGGGAGGGGGGCAAUGCACUUCACGCGUUCAGCCUGGUGUAUUUUUACAUACCAAGCACCCACAAGGCGGUACAGCGCCUGUGUCACAUGGAGACUUCUACCCACAGAUCAUGUUGUUAAAGGCUCAGUGUGUAAGAUCCAGGUGAAAGGGAUCUAUUGGCAGAAAUUGAUAACAUAAUCCUAGUGAUGUUUUACCCGAGUGUGUUUCAUCUAAAUUGUACAAAUUGUUUUCUUUACCCUAGAAUGGGCCCUUUUUAUUUAAAUACUUCAUAUUUACAUCGGGAGCGGGUCCUCUCUACGGAGGACGCCAUGUUUUUUACAGGACAAACUAAACACCUGUAGAGGUUGAGGUCAGGUGUAUUCAGCUGCAACAUCCAACUUCACCCCCAGAUGUCACUAAAAUCUACACACUGAACCUUUAAUGUCCCUGCCAGGCUUAAUAACAAUAAUAAUUGAACUAAACUGAACUGUGGCUCCAUUGCUUAUAUUUGUCUUGUACAAUUUAUAUUUAAUUCUGAUGACUCCACCCCCCUCCCCCCUGGACAUUUUCUAAUAUUUUAUGAAACCUUUUGCAUCCCAUGCUUAACACUCUUUUUUACUGUCUCUCACGUGUGUGAAUGGUCUGAAGUGCAGCAUCCGUCUGAUCGAUGACAGUCCAAAUAAAGAGGUUCAGUUCUUUUGCAACUUCCACUUGUGCGUUGUCGCUGUUUACUUACUUUCUUCACACGUUUCUAUUCCUCUCCAUCCCUCCAUCUCUCCAUUCCCUCCCCCCAUUGCUUGUAUACAUCCGGGUCGCACCGCGGCGGUUCAUCUGUCAAGCUAACGGGAGCUAGCCGCCUUGUUAGCGCUCAUUAGUUCGUCCGAGAGGAAACAAAAAGCUACUUCGUCCGCAAACUUUGACACCAGCCGCGACCGGAUGUUCACAGAAGACGUCGUUGAUGAAGCUCGACGCGAGGAAGUGUUAAUCUGUAUGUCCACAAUGCAUGGACAACGAUAAUGGCCUCUCAGACCAGGGAUGUGGAUGGGAAACUUUUUGCUAAUAAGUCAUCCUUUGGCAACUCUCUGGAGCGGUGCAACAGUUGCCAUUUCACCCCAUAAUCCAUCAUGUCACUACCAAAUGAUUCAGGGAACCGAGGGAAGGAUCGAGAGAGGGGGGCUCGUCCCAAGGUGAGACAGAGCCGGUCAGAGGAAAGACGGGAUACAGGAAGGAAAGGUGGAAAGGCCAAGAAAAAGGGCCUUGCCUGCCAUGAAUCACCUGCUGAGCGACCUGUCAGCGAUGGCUUUGAGUAUGGUGAGCUGUUAAGUGACCUGGAGAGCAGUGACCAAUCUUCCUGUUCCCUGAGGGAGAGCUGGAGAUUGCCGGGAUUGGACGUCACCGCCUCUCCACUAGGACAAGAAUGUAUAGCAGCUAGGCCGGGACUGGAAACCAUCGGCUCUGCCAGUGAGUCGUCUGCGUCAAGUGAAGGUGACAGCAGAGGCUCGAGCAGCAGUCGCACUCUCCGGCAAAAAAUCCAAGAUGCAAUGGGGCAGUGUUUCCCAAUAAAGACGCACAGUGCAGCAGCACCAGCUCCACAGGCUCUAUCAUCAUCAUCAUCAGCCGCCUGUGCCUCCUCAAGGCGUAAGAUCCAUCUCAGUGAGUUGAUGUUGGAUGACUGCCCUUUUCCUGUAGGGUCUGAGCUGGCUCAGAAGUGGUAUCUCAUUAAGCAGCACACAGCCCCCAUCACCCAGCCCCCCGUGGUGGAUGCUGCAGUCGUGUGCAGUGCCCCACCUGCAGCCAUGGCUGCUGUGGUGGAGGACGUAGACGAUAGGUUGAGAGAGCGCAGGCGAAUUAGCAUUGAGCAAGGUGUUGAGCCACCCCCCAAUGCAGAGAUUCACACAUUUGAGGUGACGGCCCAAAUUAACCCUCUCUACAAGCAUGGCCCUAAGCUGGCUCACGGUAUGAAUGAGUUAGCAGGGGCUGACAGAGCCUCCGCUCAGCAGCAACAGCAGCUUCUUCUCCAAAGACAGCAGCAGCACCAGCUCCUGCUUCAGAGCUGUCUGGACACUCUGGACGAGGUGGUGGCCUCGGCCUCAGCAUCGGCCUCUGUCCCCACCAGUGAGACCAUCCCUGACCCUGUGGUUGAACCAGAGGUUGCAGCGACCAACAUGCCCUCCAAAGCCGUCCUUCCUCAGACUGAACCACAAACAUCGGAAGAUGGCUACCGCAUUCACACUCAGAUUGAUUACAUUCACUGUUUAGUUCCAGACCUGCUGCAAAUUACCAACCUCCCAUGUUACUGGGGGGUGAUGGACCGCUAUGAGGCAGAGACACUGCUGGAGGGAAAGCCCGAGGGCACUUUCCUCCUGCGGGACUCUGCCCAGGAGGAUUACCUCUUCUCUGUCAGCUUCCGCCGCUACGGCCGCUCGCUCCACGCACGCAUCGAACAGUGGAACCACAAUUUCAGUUUCGACGUGCACGACCCCAGUGUCUUCCACGCUUCCACAGUUACAGGAUUGCUGGAGCACUACAAGGACCCCAACUCGUGCAUGUUCUUCGAGCCCCUGCUUUCCAACCCCAUCCACCGCACACAGCCCUUCAGCCUGCAGCACAUCUGCCGAGCGGCCAUAAGCAGCUGUAACACCUACGAUGGCAUUAACAUGCUUCCCAUUCCAAAUACUUUGAAAAAGCACCUGAAAGAAUACCACUAUAAGCAGAGAGUACGUGUACGGCGAAUGGACACCUGGUGGGAAUGAAGGACAACAGAAGAGACAAAUACAUUUUUAACACAGGUCUCUCUUUAUUGAACUGAAUAGUGUUCUUGGCUCUAUGGCUGUUUUAACCUACACUGCACUGUUCAUAUUUAUUUUAUCCCUGCUGUACAUGUCUUAACAAUUGUGUGAACUACACUGAUGAGGAGUAAUCUGACUGAUCUUUCACGCUCCAUGUUCUUAAUGCUCAGAUUAAACCGUUGUAUUUAGAUCCGCGGUGCUCAGAGAACUACCCUCUCAUCAUCUGUGUUCUCAAGUGCGACUAAAUCAGCUUUAUUAUCAGACGGCGGGGGAAUGUGUCUUAGUGGAAACGGAGAUGAUUAAAAUAAUAGAGUUGUUCAUCAGUCACAUGCUGGGAAGACGGAUCACACACAGACAAGGUUUCCUAUUUGUUACUGAGGUGAGGAAGUGUAAAUCAUUAACCACAGCGAUCCUAGGAAUUUCUAUAAUUGGUUAGAUGUAGAUCCAUGUCCUAUCUGCUCUUACAAUGAAAGAGAAGGUUUGAUCCAGAAUAGAUAUUUGUCACACACUGAAGUCAUGAGGACGCUUAUUGUUCAGUGUCAUAGUUUCAUUGCAGGGAAAACUUCAAAGUGAUAUUGCACAACCAGUAGUAAAUGAAUGCCAUAUGUUCCGAUUCUACAUCAUUUGGUCGCUUUGUUCUUCCCCUUCAUCUAAAAACCAUCUGUUGUUUCUCCGGAGGUUGAACCGCACACACGCCGAGUGCCGGCGGACUUCAUUAGUUUGGAAUUAAAGGAUCAAAUGUGAAGGUGAA